UCAGUGCUUGUGUAAAAGAACCCCCUCCUCCCAAAACAAAGUGGUAAACAGCUCCAGGUCAUCUGGACAAUGCACUGACGUCAGACCUGCUCCGCCAACAUGCACAUGCACUCCACAGUGCUGAGAAUGCAAGGGAGCGAGAGUUCCCCAUAAAUUGUCAGAACUGCAAGUGAUCUCAUAACAGGAGGAGAACGAGAGACCGGACGAGGCUGCAUCUGCGCGACAGCUGAGAACAAACACCUGACAUGAUGGAAGUGGUCCUGAACAGACUGCGGGACUUCUCCUGCAGGACGUCCACCUUCGAUGAUCGCCAGCCGGCGGGACAGGGUGCACGCAGGGACCCUCAGAGCAGGUCCGGGUGCACAGCUGGAGAGGGAGGCAGAAAGCUGGACAUAGAGAGCGCACUGGCCUGGCUGCGAAGGGAACUGGUGGAGAUGCGCUCGCAGGACCAAGCUCUGAUCCGGCAGCUGAUGGAGCUUCACUCAGGCAUCCAGGAGCUGAAGCAAGAGCUGGCUGAAGAGGAGCGAGAGGAAGAAACAGACGAGGAGGAGGAAGAGGAGGGCAGCUACUGGGACUCCGAGAGCGAAAGAGGAAGCAGCAGCGUCUACUCCGGCUCGGGGGAGGUGGGCUUCUCCCUUUCUCGCCUUAAGGCCGCUCCGACCUUUCACUCGAGGGUCUUAUCAGACAGGGCGUUCAGCCGGAGGAGCUCUGUGCCGUGACAAUUCUGACUAUCAGAAGAAAUCUAACUUCCUCUAAGACAGUCGACGAACAAAACACCUGGAGAAAGAUACAUGUUUGUAGCUUCCCAUCAUAACCCUCCUCUCCUCCCUGCUCCCGCUUACUAACAAGGACAAGGAAAGCCCUAAAUGUCACUUUAGUGGCUCCUUUAGCUUGUUGAUUCUGCUUUCUAAACUAAAAUAUGGCAUCGUAGAGAAAAACACAUAGAUUUCUGACAAAAUUCUUUGGAAUUGCAGUUCUACACCUGAAGGGUUGGGAGUCCUUAGUCAAAAAUAACCACCUGAGCAGCUCCUUUCCACCGGCUGGGAGACUUCGUCAUUUAUUCUUCACCUUACAUUCGAUAUAUUUAUGUUUUUUUGUGUUAUUCUAAUGAAGCAACAUGGUACUGUACUGAAUAAUAUUGCACAAGCCUGUUGUUCGUGGACCAUAAAUAACCCGCUGAGAGAUCCAGCUAGCUUUGCUUAGCAUAGAGAUGGUUAACAGAGGGAGCAGCCAGCGUGACUCUGCCCUUAUGUCACCUUCCGUUUUUGUAAAGAUUAGCUUAUAAGUAUUUUGUUGACUCCCCCCCCAAAAAAAAUAUUUAGUCUCGAUACGAGGCUAAGCAAAGCAAAGCAGCUGGGGGCUGCGGCGCUUUAUUUAUCGACACGGAGACCAGAGUCUUCUCAUCUAAAUCUCAACGAGAUGGAGAAGCUGAGUUUUCCAAAAUGUCCAGCUAUUCCUUAAAUUGAGUACAUAAGAGGUUGUUGUAAAUCUUGUGUUGGUCUUGGUCACUAUUGUAUGUAACAGUUGCUGGUGGCACAGAGCUGACAAAUGUUGAGGUUUGAAUUUGCGUUUUUUAAUUGUGUAUUGAUUUUAUGUGUGUAAGUGCUGAAAGCUCGCUGAGGUUUUAACAACUCCAACUGCAUGCACAUUCGAUUAAAUUCAGCAGUGGGACCGCCUGGAGUAUACUGCAUUUGUAUUGCCCACAUAUGGCAAUGAAGCAUUUUGCUGACAGUGCCAUUGUGCCGUGUAGUCGUGAAUAUCUCUUUGAGUAAUCAAGUAUUUGGGAAUUGAAUAAAAUGGAGUUGGUUUGGAGUUUAACAACCAAACCUGAACUUAGCUGUAUUUCAAACAGGCUGUUAUGUGCCGUGCGCUGUGCCAGUACAUUAAACAUGAAUUCACUCAUGGUGCAAAUUUUAUUUUUUUGUCAAAUUACAAAAAAUGUCAACAUCAAAUUGGGACAAAAGUGUUUAUAGUUUUUACAUUCAUUCAUUCUUUAGUACAACUCUGCAUAAGUGCAAAAUAUCUCAAAUUAACAACGCCAGCAUCACAGAACAGAAAGCACAUGUUGUCCUUCUUUUUCCUCCUACUUUACGUGCAUCUGGUGUCUCUUUGUACCAUGCAUGACAAACAUGAUGACAGCUAUCACCAGCCAAUGCAUUUGAUCUUUGCUGUUGGGUUCCAGCCAUUUCCUUGCGUUCCACGGGCUCCAUGGCAUUUCUCCACCUCUCUGAAGUCUUCUCCGAACGGAAAAUGGCCUCACUGCUUGGGCCAGUUACUGCUGAUCAUCCCCCUCCGCUUCCACGCCUCCGAAACUCUCCCUACGCAGCCUUUGGAUCUCUGUGUUGAGGCCCAGCAGCGUCUGAGCCAGCUGGAGGUCCUGUGAGCGCAUCUCCAGCUGCAAGACACCAAUAAAAGUAAUCUGAAUUAGCAUAUUUUAGAUGCCAGGACACGAAAGGUUUCCUCCGACUGUCAUCAUACAAAUACAUAAACUACCUUCAAGAAAUGACCCCAUCAAUGGAUCAAUUGGAGACAUUUCCGGUUAUGUCACCUGUUGCAAAACUAGCACAAUAUCAAAAUCAAAACUCACCAGUUCGGACCUCAGCCAGGUUAUCGCUCCGUCUAUCUGCGCCCUCCGCAGCUCUUCGUUGGCUUGGUGACUCCUGCUCAUGCUGACCGGUCUCACAGCGGAGCCAGCGUCUUCAGGGUUCCCCCUGGACUCUCCGGUCGCCCUGAAGGCAUGAAUCAAUUUGUUUUUAAUGUUCUCCAGAACCAUGGUGGACAAAGUAUCCUCGCUGUGACUGUCUCGGUCCAUGCUGGGAGGAGAAGUUUGUUCCCACCUCACGUGUGGCCUCCCAGCACUUUCUCAAAACUAGGCUGCUACACACUGUCUCUUAAACUGUGAGAAAUCUAGACCUCCACCUCUUCUGAUCGUCUUCCUCCUCUCCUCAUGUGAACAGGACUCCGCAGCACAAGCUUCUAUUCAGUAGCUGCAAUCAUCCCUUUUGCCUGCCUGGUGUUGAACUGGCUUGUUUUGUCAUUGUUACUAUGGAGAAAACUGCCCUGCGACUGCAUGUGCCCCAUCUCCUCCUCCUCCUUCUCCUCCUCCUCCUCCUCCUUUCGGUAACCCUAAGAAGAAUGGUUGAGGAACUCGGACAAAGACCAUUGUUGCCUCCAAAAAGAGCUGAAGAGACCUCCCCCCACCACCACCACACCACCCUCCCCCUUUCGGCUCUUUCUUUCUCAGUUCAUCCCGCCUCCAUACAACCCUACUGUGAGAAAUGUGCUGUGGGUGAGCUCUCAUUUGGACAAAGUGCCCAUGUGUAAACCUGUGUGUGUGUGUGUGUGUGUGUGUGUGUGUGCGCCUGCGUGUAUACGCACAAAAUCCAUCGAACCCCCAGUGGACUUUUUCUAGUGCUUCUCCCUAAAAGAGACCUACUUGUCAGCUUAGGAGACAGACGGGUUGGACGAGGUAUGAGACACAGCCUCAGUGUUAGCCGAUUCAGAGGCACAAAGGCCAUCCUACGGUGAAAUAUAACCAGGCCCUUUGUGUCCCAAGUUAAGUCCGUUCCCUGUGGGGUUUGUGGGAUGGUUUUUGGCAACUGUGAGCCCUUUUCCCCCCCUGACUUCUGUACCGAGACAAGGUGCUAGUGUAUGUCCUUCUCUGACUUAUGGGCUGUGAAGAAUGAGUGGGCACGUUUGGAUGAGACAUCUAACACAGUCAAUGCCCCCCCCCUUCACUGUGAGAUACUGUUUUAGCCUUUUAAAGUGCUGUGUCAUAGGACACAAUGAGAAGUGGUUGGUGUGUUAUUGUGUGUGUGUGUGUGUGUGUGUGCAUGAGGGAGAGAGUUAACCUUGCGUCCACCAUACAAAAACUCUCACUCCACACACUGUGCAUCAAAUAAAUGAAAAUAGAGUAAAUUGUGAGGGCGGAUGGAUGAACGUGUUGGAGAGGGGGACGGAGCAGCGCACUUGUCAGAGCCCGUGAGAUGUGAGCUAUGACUCCAUUUGUGCAGAGGUCUGUCGAGCGUGAGAAGAGGUUGGAGUGAUUGGGCCGUCUGCCUCGGGGGGUGAAGGAAGCAGGCCGACAGGGAACGAGUAUGACAGAGACAAACAAGCCGGCGGAUACACAGACUGAGCCGCAGGUGGUCUGGUGGGUGGUGACCGACAGCCGUGCACUCCGCUGGAUUAUGGUCCGUUAUGCAAGACAAGGGCAAUGUUUUUAAGUAAAUGUAACACAUAGAAGUCGCAGGAAGGAGUGCAGGGCUCUUGACAAUGUCCCCGUGUCUGGAGAUGCUCCUUCGACGGAGUAAACUAAAUAAAGUACCUUCUUGAGUUCCCUUUCAGUGGAUAAAAAGUGAUGCAGUGCCAUGUGCCGUUUCUGGACGUGCAUUGUGUUGAUAGUGUGUGACCUUUCAGCCAACUAUGCUGCCUCCUGGUGGCGCUUUCACCCACGUCCAGAAUUUCACCAGAACCGGGGGAGACAAACUGAGGGACUACGUUGUAAUAAAAUGCAUCGCAGUUUGUAGUGACAUUAAAGUUUAAAAUUUUUAUUUUCGUCAGUGUAAAAACUCUUAAUUACCUCAACUAUGGUACAAAAAGAUAAACAACAUGAAAAGCCGAUUUAAUACUGCUACUCUGGCAAUUUCUGUUUUGGGCUUGUGUGUUUAUAACAUUUGAUAACUGACACAAUUUUAGUGAUUUGAUGGGAUUCGAUUGGCCAAACUACAAGGUCACUUUUAUGAAGUCUAUGAAAAAGGUUAAAAAAAAUUUAAAACACGGAUUGCACAAGCACGAGUACAUAAAAGAAUGCUGCUGCAACUAAAAAUCCUCCAACUAAUACAAACGUGCCAUCAACGUUGACUAUCUUAAAGAAAGGAUUGGUAGUCACAUCUUUAGGGCGGGGGCCAGGAAAGCCAGGCGGAGCUGCAGUUUCAGUCUUCAGUGUUUGUAGGAACAAAAUAUCUUUUCUUCGGUGAUUGAAGAAAAGAUAUUUAAAGGAUGAAAGGGACACUUAGAAAGUUGUUUUACAAGCCAAGCGUGUCCAUUGCUGCACUGGAAGUGUGUUGGCAGCGCUUUGGAGAAAAAAAAAAGUCUUCAGAUGGACAGAAAACCUGCCACUCACCCCGACACCCUUCUUAUCAGCGUGAGUGCUGAUUGAUGCGUCAUGGCUCCAUUGAUGAGAUAAUCAGAUAAAGCAAAUGAUGUGAAGUGAUAAUUUACAGGUGUGUGCUUGUUGUGUGUAGGCGAUCAUCAUAAACCAAUGCAACUAUCUGGUACAAUUUUUAAGUUAGUCAUUGCAGAUUGUUUGCAAAGUUUCCAAAUAUUACAAUAGAUGUGAUCCAGGCAGGGUGUUGAGUAGUUUCACCAGAGAAACAAGUUUAGUUCCUCAGUAACCUGUCAGGCUUGUCCUACAAUUCAAUCUAAACAAAAACCUACAUUUUUCAGUGUUUAUCCCCAAUUGAUCCAAUCAUAGAAUAAGUUAAUUGCGCUAGUAGAAGGUCUCAGAUCCUUGUAUUUUUUUGGUAUAGAUACAACACUAAUUACUUAAAUUAAAGGUUCUGUUAUGAAAAUGUUACUUAAAUAAAACUAGAAUGUAUCAUCACUAUAAUAAAACUAAAAAAGAGUGAUUUGUGUAUAUUCUUAACUAGUAAGUAUUCUACUCUUCAUUCAUAUCAUGAUCUUUACUCAGCUCUACCAUCCCAGCAUGACAGCACUGUGAGACCAAUAUGUUCAUCAAUAAAUUGCUGUGUCCUCACUUUA